GCUCAUCCGAUGUAAAAAAUCCUUACUGUGCUCAAACAAUGACCACCGAAAAGAAGAAACAUUCACCAAAAAAGAAGACCGGAGAUCACAAGUCGAAAAAGAAAUCAAACUCUAAAAAAGACAAUUCACAUUCCAAUCUUUCAAAAAUAUGUUACUUCAUAGCUGUCUCCGAUCUUCUGCAUGCCCUAUAUUUCACCGUUCAAGCCAUGAUUCUAUUGGUUAAGCAGGUAGGUGUUAAAAUUAAAUAUCAAAUAUUUCUUUGGGGCAUAGCAACGUCAAUCACUGUGGAUUGGGAUCGGCUAAAAGAGUUUUCACUCAUUAUUCUUGGCAUAUUUAUCGAAAGCGCCUGCAUAUAUCUCAUUCAUCGCUAUUAUCAGGUUAUGGGUGAAAAGCCAAAGAAAAGGACCUUAUGCUGUGGCGGCAAUAAUGACAAGAAAAAGGCGAAUAAAAGUCCUAAAAAGAAGAAAGCCAAAAAGAAGACAUAAAUGUUUAUUUCAUAAAGUUGAAAAACGUUC